GUUUUUUUGAAAUAUUUCUGAAAAUUUGUAAUUAAAUGUGUUGGCUUAAUAGACAUAAACUGUAAUAAAAAUAUUAUUGUUUUAUUAAGGUUGUAGUAGUGGUUGUUCCAAUGUUGACAAUAUUUUUGUCUCUAGGGUUAUGGGCAGGGUGUAAGAUGUGGAAAAUAAAUUAGUUUAAAUUGUUUUUUCAAAAUCAAAACACCUUUUGUUUUUUAGUUUAUUAGUUGUUUGAUAUUUGUGGAAUCAUUUCUGUAAACUGUAUAAAUUGCUUCACAAUGUUUAUGUUGAAGCAAAGCUUUUACCUCCUGGAUUUUUUUUAUUUUUUAUCAGUUUUAGAUUUUCAUUCAGAUUUUAUUUUAAUUAAAAUAAUGUGAGCCAUCAAGUAUAUUAAGUUUUUUUAUUCUCAUAAUGGAAGCUGGGAGAAGUAGACCUAGUAGGGCUGGUUGUCGAGUACAGCCUUUAUCGCUGAAGUCUGGUUUGGGUCUUUCUAUCGAAGAAAAUUGGAAUAAAUCAGUUGAUGAAACUGGAAGCAGACGCUAUUCCGAUUCUGAAGAAAGACAAAUGAAAACAACUAAUAAGUCAGAUGUUUCAAAUUUAAUGUUAAUGAGAAAUUCUGUGUUGGGUCAGUCUGCACCUUCUUUGUCUAGCUGUGUUAAAGAUCCUAACCUAGGACGCCGCAGUAAUAAAAUGUUACAAAGAAAGAGUUUGAUUGCAAAUACUUCUCCAACUAUGCCCAGAUGUCAGUCUCCUCUUUCGGCUGGGAGUCCUUUAGAUAGUCCCCGAAUGUCACCAAAUCAGCAUUUUCCAUUCGUUGCUCUAAAAAGACCGUUUAAUCACAUCAGUAACGAUGUAAGAGGUGAUGGUAGAAGAUGGUCAGUUGCAUCACUUCCGUCUUCUGGCUAUGGGACCACUCCAGGCAGUUCAAAUGUUUCAUCUCUUUGCUCAAGCCAGGAACGUCUUCAUCAAUUACCCAAUAUUCCAACUAAUGAUGAGCUUCAUAUAUUAAUAAGACACUUUUCAUCCAACGAAAGUGCAGAAGAUGAAGGUAGAAAAAGUCCAUUUAAUCGUCCACGUUCCAGGAGUUUAAGCAGUCCCAGUCGUUCACCUAUUAUGGAUAACGAUAUAGUGAUGAUGAAUAUGCUUUACAAAGAACGUUUUCCCAAGGCAACUAGACAAAUGGAAGAACGAUUAAAAAGCUUCAUUCUAGAAAAUAAACAUAUUGAUUGUAAUGAUUUAGAUGCUCUACCUAUAAUUAGAUUUGUUCAUCAUCAAGUAAUAGAAAUAGCUCGUGAUUGUUUGAAUAAAUCAGAAGAAAAAUUAAUCACAAGAAGAUAUUUUUAUGAAAUGUCUGGGAAUCUAGAAAGACUUUUGAAUGAGACAUUAGAAAAAUCUUCUGAAGCAGCAGCACAAUUAACUGGUCUGAUUCGACGGUUACUUCUGAUUAUUUCUCGUCCAGCUAGGUUACUAGAGUGUCUUGAAUUUGAUCCAGAAGAAUUUUACCAUUUGCUAGAGCAGGCAGAAGGACAAGCUAAGAUUUGUCAAGGAAUAAAGGAUGAUAUUCCACAGUAUAUAAUCAAUAAGCUUGGUCUCAAUCGUGAUCCAAUUGAAGAUUUGAAUGUCGAGUUCACAGAUAUCCGAUUAAAAAAUAUUUCAGAAGAAAAUGAAGGAAGUAGAGAACUAACAACUAAUUCUUCAACUAAAACAGAAAAUCGUUUUCCAAGAGUUCCCUCUGAGGCAGAUUUUGAUGUGGUGAAACUUGUUUCUAAUGGAGCUUAUGGAGCUGUGUACUUGGUUAGGCAUAAAGAAACAAGACAGCGUUUUGCAAUGAAGAAAAUUAUUAAGAACAAUUUAAUGUUAAGAAACCAGAUUGAACAAGUAUUUGCUGAAAGAGACAUAAUGAGUUUUACUGACAACCCAUUUGUUGUGAGCAUGUACUGUAGUUUUGAAACAAAGAAACAUCUUUGUCUUGUAAUGGAGUAUGUUGAAGGAGGAGAUUGUGCAGCAUUAUUGAAAAAUAGUGGUCCACUUCCUCCUGAUAUGGCACGUUUUUAUUUUGCCGAAACAGUUUUAGCAGUGGAGUAUCUUCAUAGUUAUGGAAUAGUUCAUAGAGAUCUCAAACCUGACAACCUUCUGAUUACUGCUUUGGGCCAUAUAAAGCUUACUGAUUUUGGAUUAAGUAAAAUGGGAUUAAUGUCCUUGGCCACAAACUUGUAUGAAGUAUAUAUUGAUCGUGACACUAGACAGUUUUCUGAUAAACAGGUUUCAGGAACCCCCGAAUACAUUGCUCCAGAAGUUAUUCUUGGGCAGGGGUAUGGAAAACCUAUUGAUUGGUGGUCUAUGGGAGUUAUUUUGUAUGAGUUUCUAGUUGGAUGUGUACCUUUUUUUGGUGAAACACCUGAAGAAUUGUUUGCACACACUGUCAAUGAUGAUAUAGAGUGGCCUGAUGAUGAUGACUGGCCUGUUCAGGAGGAAGCAAAAGAUAUUAUUAGCUCAUUACUUCAACAAAAUCCUCGUGAUAGAUUAGGUACUGGAGGCCCUCAUGAAGUUAAAGAACAUCCUUAUUUCCUUGGUGUGGACUGGAAUUCUCUUCUUCGACAAAAAGCUGAAUUUGUUCCUCAACUUGAAAAUGAUGAAGAUACUAGCUACUUUGAUAGUCGUGUUGAUAGAUAUAGUCAUGAACUUAGUGGAGACGAGACUGAAGAUACAGUAUUAUUAGGUGGUUUUUCAUCAUGUUCUCCGCAAUAUCGAAAAGUACAAUCUAAAUUAUCACUGGCAUCGCCAAAUCCCUCUAUGGAAGGAAUCUCUCCCAAGAAUAUUGCUAAAAAAAUAAUCUUUAAUAAUAUCAACAAUGAUAAUUUACAUCCUAUAGGCUUAGAAGAACCACUAGAGAUAGAAGCUGUUGAAGAAACUGAGCCUUUUCAAGGUCAUCCUACUACUCCAGAUUCUUCACAAACUGAAAGUGAUGAUGUUUCUCCACAAAUACAAAGAAAAAGACGACUUCAGAACCGUGAUUCUGUUCCAAAAUUUUCUAUAUCUGUAGAAGAUGAACAUACUGUAUUUCACAGAACUGGCGACACUUCACCUUUAACAAGUAAACCUAAAAAGCUGAUUGGAGAUCAUCCUCUUCAAGGUUCAGGACCAAUUCGGGUAGCCAUUGGAUCAGUGUUUUCUGGUUCAAAACAUCCUUCAAGAGCUGUUAUCAAAAGUUUCAGUGCUUCUGGCUUAUCACUAAUGAUUCCCCCUGGAAGAGAUGAAAUACCUCAAAUGGAAUCUCCUGGAGGAUCUAGUACUGCAAGCUCAAGAGAUAAUUCUCCAUGUAGAGAACUUUCUCCUCUUGUGACCAGUUUAAAACCUCCAGUGAUUAUAAGACGUGGUCCAUCUGGUUUUGGAUUCACUGUACAUACUAUAAGAGUCUAUUUUGGUGAUACAGAUUUUUACACUAUGCAUCACCUUGUGAUGGCUGUUGAAAAUGGCAGUCCAGCUUUUGAAGCUGGAUUACGACCCGGAGAUUUGAUAACACAUAUAAAUGGUGAGCCUGUGCAAGGCUUAUAUCAUACACAGGUUUUGCAGCUUCUGUUGUCUGGCUCAGAUCAUGUUACAUUACGUUCUACACCUUUAGAAAAUACAUCAAUAAAAUCUGGUGGUCGUCGAAGAGAACUUUGGCAGUCUAAAUUAGCUAGAAGAUCUUUACAAAAACAGCGACGUCAAAAAAGAGAACUCGGCGAAAGAAGAAAAAAAGCUUCAUUAUUCAGAAAAAUAAGCACAAAAAGAGCUAGUGUAGAAAUGCAGCAGAUAGCUGCUUCUUCACCAUCACUAGUAACUCCCAGUAGAAGUUUUCAGUCAUUUACCAGAUCGUUAUCAAGCCAUUCUGAUUCUGUUACACGAUCACCCUCAACUCCAAAAUUGUUAAUGAGUCCAUCUGAUAGUGUUGCAAGAUCUGUUGAUACAUCUACCAGUUCAUCAAGUUCAUCAAAUAGUAGUAGUCCUGCUGUACCUGCACCUCAUUUUCAGAGACCUUCUACAUUACAUGGCUUAAAGCAUAAAUUACACUCAGCUGCAAAAACUAUUCAUUCACCCAGUAGACGUAAGUCUGUUGGUCAUAUUCCACUUUCCCCUUUAGCUAGAACUCCUUCUCCAUCUCCAGUUCCAUCAUCACCCACUCGUUCUCCAAGUCCUUUAGCAUUCCCCCCUGGCCAUCAACCUGGAAGUUCAAAUACAACUCAAUCAUAUAGCCCUGGAAAUACUGGCAGUAAUGCUACAAAAAAAAGCUUUAAUAGACCCAAAAGUGCAGAACCUGGUUCACCACUACUACGGAGAGCUUUGUCUCCUGACAGACUUCAUCCACGUAGUGCUGAAAAUAAGUCUAAGUCAUGCUCAACAACUAUUUCACCACUUUGUGAUCCAGCUUUAAAAGUUACUAUUUCAUCUCUUCCCAGAGUUACCAUUACUUCCAAAUCUCCACCUGUUCAAAAAAUUACAGUUGAUAAAGAUACUAUAAAAUCAAAACCUCCUGAACACCCUGUACGUAAAGAUAAAGAAAGACGAAUAGAAGAUCAGAUAUCUGAAGAUAAUGAUACUGAUUUUAUUGGUUUGGCAUCAUCUCAGCCUUUGCCACGUAUAGCUGAAGAAAAAGACUCACCAACUGCGGUAAAGGAGGAAGUAUUAAUCCAAAAUAAACAAGAUAGUGAACAUGUAUAUUCAUCACAAAGCAAAACUAAGAAUAAAUCUACGAAUAAAAAUUUAAUUAACUCUCGAAAAGUUAAAAAGGAUCAUAUGAAACAGUAACUUAUUUACAUUAUUUAUAAAUUAUGGUUUUCCCUGGGUACCUUGUGGAGGUGUGACAAUGAGGAAACAUUAAUUCACUCAACAAAUUUUGGAUUAAAAUUGUAAUAUUCUUGGUAUAGAUUUCGUUUUGCUAAGAUAGUUUCUUUAUGAGAAAUUAUAACAUUAAUUUAGUUUUUAUAUGUGUGUGUAUAUAUAUAUAUAUAUAUAUAUAUAUAUAUAUAUAUAUAUAUAUAUAUACGCACAUAUAUACACACACACUCAUCUUAUAAUGGUCUUUAAUGUACAUCUAACUCUUAGAAUUAUAGUAAUGGUAUGUUAUAUAUUUUGGUAUGUUAUAUAUUAGUUGUCUAUGGAUGGUGACUUCAUCUGAUAAUAAAGGAAUUAACUAAAUUGUUCUUUGUUUAAAUGAAUGCUGGCAUUAAGUUAGCUGAUAAGUUCCAAAUAUGUGGCUUCUCAUAUUCAUAUAAAUUUGAAAUAAAGUUAUUCUUUGGAACACUAUUAAAUAUACGAAUGUUGAUGAAAAUGGAAAGUGUUAGUUCAAUUUUGAAAAACAAUUGGCUUUAACGCUGUUCUUUUUGGAUAAAGUACUCUUCUAAUCUGUAAAUAUUUACAAAUAAAUAUUUCAUUGCUAAGCAAUUAAGCUGGUAAUAUUUCAAUUGUUUCUGUUUUAUUUUAAAUGAUUGGACCAUAUAUCUUUUAUAAAUGUCUAUUAAAUACUUAUAUAAAUAAAUACUUAAAUUACCUUUUAAUAUUAAAAACCUGUAGGAAACAUUUAAAAAAAUAAGUUACAGCUAAUUAUUAAAUUUAAUGUACGAGGAAAUAAUCAUUUCAUUAGACAUCUUUUCUUUUUUUUAAUUUGGUUAAAAAUUAUAUAUUCCUUUUACCUAAUUAUUAGUUACUUUCUUUUUUUUCUUUUAAAGUUUGGUUCAUUAAGAUUUUUAUGAAUAAAAUCAUUUUAUAAACAUAUUUCAUACAAUCCAAUAUACUUUUAAAAAUUUUAAUUCAAAUUUUUAUUUAUUUAGUAAACAAUUUACAACUAAUUUUAGAAAAAAACAUACUAAGUUUAGAUUUUAUAAUUUACAAUAUACAUUAUUAUAAAGUUGAAAUUAAUAAAACAUAGUGUCAAGUGAUAAACAUCUGAUAGUUUACUUGACCUUAGAUUUACAUAUAUGAAGAAUAAGUUUUUUAAAAUCUUCUAUUUACUUUUAUAUCAUUGUUUCAAAUGAAUUUUAUAUGAAAUGUAGCAAUCCAGAAUUUUAGUAAAUUUAAUUUAACAAAAUAAAGUUCAAGAUUUUGCAUCAGUAGUAAAACAUUGAUGUAUAAUCUUCCAUUUGCAAGCAAUUUUAAUGAUUUUUUAAAUAUUAUAAAUAAAGAUUUUUUACCCAAACAAAUUUUUAGUUUCUGAUUUCUAUCUUUCAUUUGAUUUAAUUAUUUUAUGAUAAAAAUUAAUGUUUAUGCACCAUAGGUAUUACAAAUUCAUCAUUCUGUUUAAUUAUUACUUUAGUUUAAAAAUUAGCUUUAUGUAAUGACUGAAUAUUUGACUUAAUUUUCUGGAUUAUGAAGUAGCUUUUUUUUUAAGAACAACUACUAAAGUUAUUAAUUAACAAUUUAUAUUUUUGUUAGAUUGCUAAUUAAGAGAUAAUAUGCUUAAGUGCAUCAGCAGUAAUUAUUUGGGUGUUUUGUGAGCAUUCUUAUAAGCUAUUUUUUCCCUUAAUAAUAAUGUGUUAGUAUUAAUAUAAUACAAUAUGAUACUAUUAAUGAGUAAAUAUUAAAAAGUGACAAAGAAAAAAAUUCUUUAAAAUUGGUCUUUAUAAAUUAAGUAUAUAAUUUUAAUUAAUUAAGUUACAAAAUAUUAGCAGGAAAGUCAGAUACUUUAAAAUUUUAAUAAGCAUUACACAAACUUGACCAGAUUUAACUCAUAUCUUUCAAUUUAAAUACAAUUAUAAUGGAAAAAUAUAAUUUAUUUUACUCUAUAUUAUUUCUAUACAUUUUUUUAUAUUUAUUUUUAUUUUAAUCUUAAUAUAGCCUGUUAGUGACAUUACAUCUGUAAGUUAUAAAUCAUAUGUAACCCCUACCAUAUUUAAUAAUAAAUUAUAAAUAUUUUGUUAGUAAUAUUUAAGAUUUUUGAAAUUGGGUAUUUAUACUUUUGUUGUUUAAUUGUUUUUCUUGACACUAUGUUUAUUAGAACUAUCUUUCAAUGAAAUUAACUGUUAUACUCUGUAUUAACUUGUAUUUUUUAUUGAUUUAAACAUUUUCUUUAUUGAUUUAUUAAUUUUUUUAAAAAUAUUUUGACAAUGUUCUGUUAAAGUCCUGAAGCAAAUCUAUUACUAUGUGAAUCAGUGAUGAAUUUAUUUUAUAGUAAUUUAUAGCUCUUGCAUAACACCCAUUUAAAUUUACCAUGAAAGUAUUUAUGAAUAUUAUUUCUUUAUCAAUUAUUUCAUCCAAAAACUCAUCUAUUAGAAAACUGUAAAUUUAUCUAUCCAUUGUUUUAUUGCUCAAAUUGAGCUUUUCAUUGAAUUAAUUAAUUAAUUUAGGUACAGAAAGAAGUAUGCUCUAAAUUCUCUCAAAAUAUUUUUCAUUGUGUUGAAUUUUAACUUAUUAUUAUUUUAUUAAAUCAAUAAUAUAAUUAUAAACUUAUUGCAGCUUGAUGCUGGCAUAAUUUAUUAACAAGUAACUUUUUAUGUUCAGAGACUGACUGAUCUGUAUCUUGAGUUGAAAAUAGACUUUUUAGUCAUAAUUUCUCAUUAUAUUAUUCACUGUUUGUGAAUAAUAAUUGUACAAAUUUUCAUUUAAAAUUUUUGGUAUUUCUAACCUCACCUUAUUUAUUUUAUGUUCUGUCCUAAAGUUUUGUGUUUUUAAAUGUCUAUACUAUUUAUGGAAAUCAAGGUUUUUAUUAUAUUUAUUAAAUGUAAAAUUACUGCUUAUUGGUGUGUUUUAUUUAUCUGUUUUUAUGUAUAUAAAUAUUUUUUCUCUGUUUAUACAUAUACUUUACCCAUAAACACACACGUGUGUUUAUGGGUAAAGUAUAUGUAUAAUGUGUGUGUGUGUGUGUGUGUUUACACAUGCGUAUGUGUAUAUGUAGAUUAGUUGUAUAUUAAUGUUCUUGAAUUAAAUCAAGUUAAUUGUUGUUUAUUUUUCAUGUUAACUAAUUUAUUUAUUGAUCUCAAAGAAAUUAAAUAUGUUUAAGAUUUUUAACUGUACACAUGGCUGGAGUUUUUAGACACUGUCUUUAAUUAGUUUUAGUUUUAUAAAUGUUACAUUCCGAUAAAUUUGUAAAUUUUAUAAUACAUAUUUGUUAUAAUUUAAUGUCAUUGAUAUUGUGCAAUAAUUAUUAUGUUAUUGGAAUCAUUACAGAAAUCAAAGUGUGAAUGAUGAAGUACGAUAUGUGCGUGUAAUGUUCUACACAAGCACAUUUUCUACUGUUUAAUUUUUGAAAAUUGAUUUGUAAAUAUAUCUUUGUUUAUAUAUUUAUAGUUGUGAAAUAUUGAAUCUUAUUUACUUGCUCAUUAUGCUAUUAUGAGCUGCCCUGUCAUUAAAUCUUAAGUUUAACUUUAUGUAUCAUUAUAAUAUAUUAUAUGUUUUAUAUUAUGUAAAUUGAUUUAUAUAGUGAUAUGAUAUGUGAUUUAUUUUUUUCUUUUUUGUUGAAAUUUCUAAUAUAAAAAAAUUAUGAACUGUAUUUUUCUGCAAAUUGCUAUUGUGUAGCUACUGAAUGCUAUGAAACCGUAUUACUUUUUUCAUGUUGACCUAACCCAGGCUUCACUGAAGAAAUGUAACAAUUUGGGGAAUUUUUACUUUUAUUUAUAAAUUGAAUUGAUAAUAAAGAUGUGUAAGCCACUAAAGUUUUUGGUUUUAUUUUAGUGUGACUUCUUAUUUAUUUAUUAUGUAUUAGUCACUUCAAGGGAUUAUGUGAAGUUAUUUGUAAUUCUAUAGAUAUUCUUUCUUAAAUUAUGAGAAUAAAAUUAGCUAAUGCCAUAAUUUUUAUAGCUUUAUCUGUGUAAUCAUUUUAUAUAUUUUUAAAACAAGUUAAUUAAAUUAAACUGUUUAAUAUCAAUUAUUGAAUUAAGUGAAAGUAUUUGUUUUAACAACAUUAUUUAUAAAUGAUAAUAAAUAAAACCAGCACAUGUUUGAUAUGAUUCCUGUCAGUUUUUCACAAGUUUAUUUAUUUUACAUUAAAUUAUGAUGGAAAUCUGUAAUAGCUAAAUAGGUUUUAUUAGUAUGUCACUUGAAACAGUUCUUGCUAACUGUACUAACUAUAUAACUUUUCCUGUUUUCUAUAUUACAAAUAAUUCUUUUCCUGUCAAGUUAUUAAUAUAAAGUUGCCCUAAGAUUAUCAUGAA